CCGUCCCAGGUUCAUUCGCUCUCGCUCCCGCCGGACUUCAUCCUGCGACACUCGUUUGAUAUCACUCUCUCAAAAUUUUCACUUUAGCCUCUCUGUUCACUCCACAUCACCUGCUCUUUCUUCUAGACAUUCUCUCACUUGACUUCCUUAUCCUGAGGUGCCGGCAUCCUCUUUCUCUCUCCUCGGCAACAGCGCCAGACCUCCACCGAUCUCCCCAUAUCGAUUCUCGAAAUCCACCCAAAAUGAGGUGGCCGUCGACACUUUCCAUCUUGCUGCUUUCGCUCAUCGUCCUUGCUGUCGCUGUAUCCGGCGCCGGUGCCGACAGACGGCAGCUGAGCCUCGGUGACGCCGUCCAGAGUCCGCAAUCAUCGGCCACUGGAGACGAUCUCGACGACGACACUCCCACAUCGUCCGCGCGAUCGACCUCUUCACCGACCUCGCAGCCGGAUCCAGAGACUUCCACUUCUGAGUCGACUUCUGAACGUUCAACUUCAUCGAGUCGCACAGCGCAGCCAACUCCUACGCUCCCAUCCUCCACUCCAGAGUCGACUCCGCCAUCAACACCGCCCACCACUCCAAGGCCAACUCCGACAAGGGACACGCCACCUCCGCCUUCGAAAUCAGUGGUCAUCGUCACUUACACGGUCACCAGCGAUGACCAAACUAUCAUCCAAACCAGCCAGUCAGCUGCUCCCCAGCCAACCAACGCGCCUGGACUUGGCGACGAUCCAUCAGGUUCCGAUAGCUCUGGGCUAAGCGACAGCAGUAGAAACAUCAUCAUUGGUGUAGUCGUCGGUGUGGGAGGUGCCGUCUUACUCUCAGGCCUUGCCCUCGUGGUUUACAGACUACGUCGCAAGAGAAACGCGCGAACCGAACCUGAUGAAGAUGACCUCACCGGUACAGCUCUCGGCUCUCACAGCCAUGCUGCCUCGAUGUCCAGCAGCCCCUUCAAGACCACUCUAGAUCAAUACCACAACCCCGGACCCGUCAACCCUGCCUCGAAUUUCUAAGGUCUAUAUCCCAUCCCCGCAAAAAUACGAGUCUGUGUUUUGCUAGGGCGGCUUGUCUGGUUGAUCUGCUCGCGUGUCGGUUCUUUUUUGAACGAAAGGACGAGUGCCUACUACACCUUCCUCACGGUGCUCUCCUCCCCCUCCACAACAAAGACACGCGAAAGACAUAACCAUUCGACUGUAAUGUUUUGCCACAGCAGCUCGACUUAAGGUAUCUGGUUUCUCCACGAGUUUAUUUUCCGACAUAUGGGCAUCGACAAACGGCGGCACGGAGUUUGGGAUUUUCCAUUUUUAUGAUUUGAUCUUUGCUGAGUUUCUGCUUUUGACCUUUUUUCUUUUUACCACAACAAGCCUUUCCGAAUACUGUGGACACGGUACGCAUUGACAAAACCCAAUUAUACACCAGCUUAUUUGUAAUGUUCUCAAAAUGAUUCUCUCCUUGAUUACCCCUUUUUAUUUUUAUUUUUUUUGUUUGAUGAGGGUGAUGUCCCUGUCCUUCCUUGAUAGAGAUUCGUCCUUUCUCAUCCAUUCCUUAUCCAUUCUUGUCUUCAUGUCUGUUAUGAUGCCGGAAGGGGGACUGGGGGUUGUUUCUUCCUGUAUCAUACUCGAAGGUGGAAAAAGAAAAUAUUGAUAUCCAAAGCUCUGCUAUACUACAUACCAUGACACCCUUCGCGGGCUCUCUCUCUCUCUCCCCUGUACACCUCUGGUGUUUUUUGUUGCAUUGCUUGCUACCAUAUGCGUCAUUGACAUCUAGCCUGAAACGCUUCUUGCUUGAUAGCUUCGCCGAGUUACUCCCUUUUGAUAAUU